CAGAAUCUUUUUUAUUUUUGGGGGUUUUAUUGUGUUCCGUUAAGUACUUUGUAACCUGCUUUGGGAAGGGGACAUACAAAUAAAGUGAUAGGCUAUAAUUAGGGCUAUACUACUGCUUCUGUUCUUUUUUAAACAUGAGUCUUACAGUUUUUUCCUAUCGUUUUAGGCAAUUUACCUAAACCAUGUUCACAUUCCCUAAACACUUAACACAGUGAGCAUACCAGUAGACCAUGUGAACCAAACUGUGGUUACUUGCCCCUAUGCUAAGAUACAAAUGCUGGCAAUGACGCCUUCUUCCAAUUUUCAUGGAUACCUGCCCCAGUCAAUGUUCACUACCGGCAAAACGCUGUGGAACUACAGCAUAUUUUACCAAUGUUUAGAUACUCUGUUCAAAACAGUGAACUUUCUGUUCAAAACCUAACAGUAAUUUAGAUCACUGUAGAUGGAAAGAUGCUGCAUUUGGACAGACAAAUGAAGUUACAUGUUUGAAUAAGAAAAAAUAUUUAGUUUAUAGUUUAUUUAUUUUAUUUUACAGUAAUUUAGAUUUUUUUCCCCCUGUGCACCAUAGUUCUUGGUGAAUUGGCAUGGAAUUACUUUUUUUACGUAAAAGUAACACUACAUACAAUGAUCUGUACAAAACACAGAGGAUAAGUUUUGCAAUGCAAAACACCUGGUGGUCAUUUCAGCUAAAUCUCCAAAAAGUAAAGCACAGUGAAAAAAACUGUUGUGUUUGUGAUUUGUUUCUGGAUCAUAUAUUACGUACUUACUGUAUGUAAUUUGCAUUACAAAAACUGAAAAUUGUUAUUCUCAGUUUCUCAUAAAACACUUACAGUAUUUACUGUAUUUACAAUUACAGUACAUUUACCACACUCAAUUGUGACAUCUUUUGUGGGAGGUAAACCAACAUAUGAACACUGUCAGCAGAUACUUGGCUUGGAUUGUCAUACUGUAAUAUUACAAACUUUAUUACUGUAGUCCAAAGAAGUGUUUGUCUGUGUUUUUUCUCUUUUUUUCAAUGCAACACUACAGGAAAUCUAUGCCAAACUGGAGGACACAGCAACAUUUUAUAUAUGCAAUUGGCAAUGCUUCAAGAUGUUAGUGUUUUUUAGGUCAUAGUGUUCUGAGAGGAAACAUGUGUUAAGUUAUGGCAGCAUUGUUUGUGGUGUGGUUGUUGUAGUGCAUUUUGCACCAAAGGUUAACAGAUAUGCAGAGGUGUGUGUCUCUAAAGCCCACUGUGUUAAGUGAUAGGGAAAAGUGACCAUAGUAUGGGUACAUGACCGAAAACGAUAGGAAAAAACUGUAAUCCGUGGCUAAUAUUACUAUUUUCCUUUACGGAUGCCUGAGAUAUACAACUGUUUAAAUCAUCAUGAUGCCAGUCCAGGUUUCUUUUGUUUCAGGUUUUCCUUUCUUGAUGGGUACCCUCCACGGGUUCGUUGGCCUUUUUUUUGGCCUUCAGAUCGUCACACUUGCAAUGGGCUUUAGUAGUGGGGGAUUUGUUCAGUCUUGCACUUCCCUGUUGCCUGACCAUUCAUUCAAUGGUGUAGAUUUUCCCCCACAGAACAGCGAUAUACCUUUUGAGGUCAAUGCCAUCGCCGGUGAGGGGGAGUCAAUUAUCGUGAGUCUCGGAAUCAGGGUGUCUCCUGGACCAAUUCCACCAUUUACAGGGUUCAUGGUGGAUGUCCGGAAGUCAGAAAUAGAUCCAGCCAAAGGAAGUUUCGUUGAGUUGGGUCCUAGAAGUACUGGCUUGACGUGCAAUGGCAUUCAGGAUUCUGCUGUUACUCAAAACUCAAACAUUCCAAAGACUUUUGUUCAAGUUAAAUGGCAAGCACAGGAAAAUGGAUCCUCUUCAUUCUUUGUGCGAGCCACAUUUGUUCAAGAUUUCACCACAUUUUGGAGUCCAGUGAAUGUCACUAUACAGACACCAGCUUCAACAACACAGCCACCAACUACAACACUAACUUCCAAGCCCAGUACAGAACAACCAAGUACAGACCAACCAAAUACAGAACAACCAACUACACAACAAACAAUAACAGAACAACCAACUACAGAACAAACAAGUACAGAACAACCAAGUACAGAACAACCAAGUACCGAACAACCAAGUACCAACCAACAAAGUACAGAACAACCAAGUACAGAACAAACAAUAACAGAACAACCAACUACAGAACAAACAAGUACAGAACAACCAAGUACAGAACAACCAAGUACCGAACAACCAAGUACCAACCAACAAAGUACAGAACAACCAACUACAGAACAAACAAUAACAGAACAACCAACUACAGAACAAACAAGUACAGAACAACCAAGUACAGAACAACCAAGUACCGAACAACCAAGUACUAACCAACAAAGUACAGAACAACCAACUACAGAACAAACAAUAACAGAACAACCAAGUACAGAACAACCAAGUACCGAACAACCAAGUACAGAGUUACCAAGUACCAACCAACCAAGUACAGAACAAACAAGUACUACAAAUCCAAGUACUAGUGCUAUACAACAAAUUACUACAGAUACUACACAACCAAGUUAUACACAAAAAUCGUGUAUUGUCAAAAUACAAAAUAUAUUUUAUAUAUUUUAUGUAUCAUCAGGUGGAACAACCUUAAGCACGCUAUGUAGGCCUAUCUAUUAUGUGAGCUUGAUUAUUUGUUCAUGGAGUAUACUUGAUGGCUUUUUUGUCAUCAAAUAGCGCCAAUGUCACAGGGGACGUGUUUUUAUUUCAUAAGGUUUUCGCAUUUUUGCUCUUAGUAAAACCAUUGUGAAAUGCCUAUUGUUUUUUCAACCAUCUACUACUUUCUUAUCCAAACUGUGAGAAGGUGAAAUCCUCCCCCUUCUCACUGUCCCGCAUUAGAGAAAUUAUUAUUAUUAUUAUUAUAUUGUGUGUGUAUAUAUUAUAUUGGGCUGGUGUAAAAUUGGUCUUCCGUCCAGGUAGGGGGCAGUAUGCUAAGGGAGCUUAGGAUCAGAGUAUCAGGGAAUAGCCCAGGGGGGUGUUGAUAAAAACAGCUGUUUUAUAUCUUUAGGUUGUGCACAGGGUGUGGGUAUAUAUGUAUUUGGUGAUUGUUUAUUUAGUAUCAUGUUUAUUUAGUAUUCACACAAUGUACUUUCUGUUCAGUUAUGUUGGAUUGUUAGCUUUAGGUCAAUAAUGUUCCCCCAACUAAUGGUCUGGCCCAUACGGCCGUGAUUGGUCCAAUUGCGAUUUCCCUAUUUAAGGGCUUUCUCAUUUGGUGUUUGGGGCUGAAGGUGGUGCUGGCUUGACGUGAGGCCAGUAUGAGAGACGUUAGGUUACACAGCAAAUUCGCCGGUGUUAAAAUUCCAGUGUAACAUGAAAUUAACACAAAUCAGAGUUAUUUUAACACUUACCAAAUAAUAACUAACACUUGCAGAGUCAGUGUUGGUGUAGAUUUUGGGAGUUACAGUUUCACACUCAGAGCGCUAGCCUUUGACCACGCCCCCAUUGACGGUUAAGAAAUGCAGCUCUGGAUUUUUGCAGUCACCAUUUUUCCCUCAUUGAGUAAGUAAGUAAGACUUUAUUUAUAUAGCACAUUUCGUACAAGAUUUGCAAUUCAAAGUGCUUUACAUAAAAUCAAUAAAAGCAAGCAGCAGGAGCAAUACAUGGAGCAAAAGACAAAUACAAAAUGACCAACAUCGUAUCAGAACCUGGUGUUCUGAUAGGCUUACUAAAAUCAUGAUAAAAGAAAUAUAAAACCCUUAAAACAGGUUAAAAGAGAAAUAGUAAAAAUAGUGCAAGUUACAGAGAAAUAAAUAGUGCCAGAUAAAAUUAAUAAAAUGCUUUGGUAAAAAGAAAGGUUUUAAGCUGCUUUUUAAAGGUGUCUAGCGUAUUUGCUUCCCUAAUAUUAAUGGGUAAUGUGUUCCACAAUUUUGGGGCGUAGUUGACAAAGGCUGCGUCACCAAUCUUCUUAUGACUGCUUCUGGUGACCUGUAACAGACCUGUAUCUGAUGAUCGCAGUGUUCUAGCUGGUGUGUAGUUGGUAAGAGAGGUAGCAAUGUAGCUAGGGCCUUGUCCAUUUAGAGCUUUGUAUGUGAGGAGGAGGACCUUGAAGUCAAUUCUAAAGGUAACAGGAAGCCAGUGUAAAGUGGCUAGGACAGGACUAAUGUGUUCUCUCCUUUUAGUUUUGGUUAAUAGUCUAGCUGCAGAGUUUUGAAUGAGCUGGAGUCUUUCAGUUGUUUUCUUGGGAAGACCAGCGAAAAGUGAAUUACAGUAAUCUAGCCGGCUCGAUAUGAAAGCAUGUAUAAGCUUCUCUGCAUCGUUUUGGUUUAUGAAUGGUCGUACCUUUGCUAUGUUCCUGAGGUGAAAGAAAGCUGUUUUGGUCACUUUGUUAAUGUGGGAGUUGAAAUUCAAAUCCGAGUCCAGGAUGACACCGAGACUUAUCACCUCGGGUUUAAUCCACCGGGUUAAACCUCCUAGAUUCUUGAUUAGCAUCUCUCUUUUUAAUUUGGGGCCGAUAAGUAGGACUUCAGUUUUGUCCUCAUUUAGUUUUAGAAAGUUAUUGUUCAUCCAUUUGUUUAUUGCCAAUAAACAGUUGGUAAUGGAGUUUAUGGCCUUCGCAUCAUUAGGUUCAGCGGAAAUAUACAGUUGGGUGUCAUCUGCGUAGCUAUGAAAAUCUAUACUGUAUUCUCUGAUGAUGUCACUGAGUGGUAACAUAUAAAGAGAAAAUAGUAAUGGACCUAAACAGCUCCCUUGUGCAACCCCGUAGCAGCUUUCAUGUUUCUCUGACAUAUGGUCUCCUAGACUAACGCAAAACUUCCUACCUCUAAUAUAUGUUGUGAUCCAGUUCAAUACACAGUCAGAGAACCCAAUAAGAUUUUCAAGUCUAUUGAUUAGGAUGUCGUGAUCAAUGGUAUCAAAUGCUGCAGUAAGAUCUAAUAGGAUAAGGAUAGAAACUUUAUUUGCAUCAGAGUUUUGUCUGAGGUCGCUAAUUAUUUUGGUGAGAGCGGUUUCAGUACUGUGAUAUUUUCUGAAACCUGACUGAAGGACUUCCAAUAUGUUAUUUUGUUCCAGAAAGGAAUUUAUUUGGACUAAUACUAUCUUUUCAAGGACUUUACUAAUAAAGGGAAGAUUUGAUAUCGGCCUAUAGUUUGCUAGUGUACUGGUAUCCAAUUUGGGUUUCUUUAAUAGGGGCUUUACAACAGCUGUUUUGAAGGCAUCUGGGAAAACGCCAGUUCUCAGGGAUGUGUUUAUGAUGUCAAGGACCGGACCUGAGACACUAUCAAACACUCGCUUAAAGAAUGCAGUGGGAAUAGGAUCAAUAUCUGAGGUUGUAGAUUUACAUUCAAUGAUGAUUUUGGGGAGUUCACUUAGUGUGAUACAUGUAAAACUGCUCAUGGUUAAGUUGCAAGAUCGGAUGUCAAUUUCACCUCCAGUAGUAGUGAUACUAGAUCUGAUCGAUGUUAUUUUGUUCUUGAAGAACUGAGCAAACUCUUCACAUUUCGCUGCUGAG